AUGGAAGGGGACGAAAAGGUACCAGAGCAACUCAAUCAGUCAUUAGAUGAGCCUGUCCAAGAACCCGGCAGUACUCAGGGUGUUCCAGUUCCAUGUGUUAUUUCGCCCAUUGAAAUGCCGAUUGUUAUUGAGCGUAUUGCAAGACCUCAAACUGCAGGAACUCAAAGUGCAAGACCCCAAAAUGCAAGACCCCAAAGUGCAAAACGCCACACCAGGACCAUUGCAGGACCAAUCCGCCGGUACCGACAAAUUGUUUACCGCCCCCGCCCACAUCGUGCCAUAGUAAGCGAUACUUUUCCCGCAAUAGUAAGAGAUACUUCUCCUAUUGCGGGGCCGAGCGGUAUUCAGCGUAAUAAGGAACAAACCGAACCCGUAAUCCAGUUGCCGCCUAAACCUAAAAGUGCGAUUGUCAUGAUGGCAGAACUCAUGGCAUUAGAACAAACCAAAAAAGUUGAUUCGGAAAUGCAAAGUGAGAAAGCAUUAAUUAAAAGAAGGCUAUUAAAAGGGAAAAUGAAAAUUUCCUCCGAUAUUAACCAUAUUUGGUGCCCUUCAUGCAGUGAAAUUGAGAGUGAUUCGCCUUGGAUUCAGUGCGAUACUUGUACUCGGUGGUGGCAUAAGGACUGCACCCAGUAUCGAGGAUCUGGCGAAUUUCUGUGCGAAAUAUGUCGGUUCUAA